AUGUCUUUUCUUGAUCUGUCCCAGGAACAAUGCCUAAAUGAGAGUGAACAUUUCACUGGUCAUUUUGACCACUAUCCAAUUUCCCCAGGAGGAUCAAAAAAGCCCCCAAGAAAGCCAAGAAGAGGACAGCAGAGGGAGCAAACUCAAAUGUGUUCUCCAUGUUCGAGCAGGCCCAGAUCCAGGAAUUCAAGGAGGCCUUCACCAUCAUGGAUCAGAACAGAGACGGUUUCAUUGACAAGAACGACCUGAGAGACACCUUCGCUGCUCUGGGGCGAUUGAAUGUGAAGCAAGAGGAGAUUGAUGAGAUGCUCAAAGAGGCUCCCGGCCCAAUCAACUUCACUGUCUUCCUCACCAUGUUUGGGGAGAAGCUUAAAGGUGCUGACCCAGAGGAGACCAUCCUCAAUGCAUUUAAAGUGUUUGACCCUGAGGGAAAAGGUGUACUGAGGAAGGACUACGUAACACAGAUGCUGACAACGCAAGCAGACCGAUUCUCCGCUGAGGAGAUGGAGCAGAUGUUUGCUGCCUUCCCCCCAGAUGUGGCAGGCAACCUGGACUACAAGAACCUGGUGCACAUCAUUACCCAUGGAGAGGAAAAGGACCAAGAGUAGCUCUGUUUACUCCUUGUGUCUGUCAAGUAGAAAGACCAUCAUACCAUCUCCAGCCCAUUUGCGGCUUGACAUCUGCCCUUUGCCCUUUACGGAGAUAUGGACUGUGAUUUAUUUGCUCAGCAUUUAUGUCGGUUGCAUUGUUUCAAAAUAGUGUUCACUCAAGGUACAUGCCAGCGCUCCAUCAGCCACACUGGAAGCAGAUCAAGACAUAAUUUUCUCUACCUGGCCAAAACAAUGGACUGUUGACAGCAUCACCUGAGACUAAUUGGAACGCUCUUCCUUAUGCUACUCAGUGUUUUGUACAAUAAAUCAAAACCACUUGCAUUG